UACUUUCCGAACGCAUUACAAUGCUUACUAGUUGUGACGUAAGGUGAGCUUGUGAAAUUUGGUGGAUUUUUCAGUUCAGAAAAUGUCGACGCGAAAAGUUUUCGUUUAUUAGUCAGACAAAAAAAAUUUCACUCUAUAUAAAUUUUUGUGUUAAAGAAUAAAGUAAUUAUUUUGAUAUAAAUAGACGAGAGUGUAUGAAGCGAUGGAUAACAACGAUCCAGAGUCUGCAUACAGAUUGGGACCUAUGUCGCCUCAAGAAAUAAAGCCAGACAUAUCGUUGCUUAAUGAUAAUAAUACAGGUGGUUUUUCUCCCAAACCAAACAGUCCGAGUCCCUUUGGAUCCAUUGGUUUACAGGCACUUAACAUUGCUAAUGUUGCAGUCGCGGCAGUGAGCAAUCAAAAUCAAUUGCAGCAGCCACCUCAACAUUAUCCUCCUAAUCAUCCAUUAAGUGGUUCAAAGCAUUUGUGUUCGAUAUGUGGUGAUCGUGCAAGUGGAAAACAUUAUGGCGUUUAUAGUUGCGAGGGAUGCAAAGGAUUUUUUAAACGCACUGUCCGAAAAGAUCUAAUGUACGCGUGUCGUGAAGAUAAAAACUGUAUAAUUGAUAAACGACAACGGAAUCGCUGCCAAUAUUGUCGUUAUCAGAAGUGUCUUGCUUGUGGCAUGAAAAGAGAAGCUGUACAGGAAGAACGGCAACGUGGCGCACGUGCACCGAAUACCCGAGUUGUUGGCGAGGAUUUUAAUACGAGCUCUGUGCGAGAUUUGACAAUAGAACGUAUAAUUGAAGUUGAAAAAAAAAGUGAAGAAAUGAGUGGAGACAAUACUAUUGCAUUUCUUCGCGUUGGGACUAAUUCAAUGGUGCAAUCAGCGUAUAAAGGGGCUGUUUCACAUCUUUGUCAUUUUUUAAAUAAGCAGCUAUUUCAAAUGAUUGAUUUUGCAAGAAGAAUGCCAUAUUUUGCGCAGUUACAAAGAGAUGAUCAACUUCUCUUAUUAAAGGCAGGCUGGAAUGAACUUCUUAUUGCGAAUGUUGCUUGGUGCAGUAUGGAAUCUCUCGAUGCUGAAUAUGCUACUCCUUGUAUGAGUGAUAAUUUAGGACGUCGUUCGCCAAUGCGACCCCCACAACAAAUAUUUCUCAACCAAAACUUUUCAUAUCAUAGAAACAGUGCUAUAAAAGCUGGUGUUGCAACUAUAUUCGAUCGCAUUUUAUCUGAAUUAAGUGUGAAAAUGAAACGUCUGAAUCUUGAUCGAUCUGAGUUAUCAUGUCUUAAAGCAAUUAUAUUAUUUAAUCCCGAUAUAAGGGGAUUAAAAAAUAGAGCAGAUGUGGAAGUAGUUCGUGAAAAAAUAUAUGCAUGUUUAGACGAGCACUGCCGUUCCGAGCAUCCUGGUGAUGACAGUCGAUUUGCUCAGUUAUUACUAAGAUUGCCUGCUUUACGAUCUAUCAGCCUCAAAUGUCUUGAUCACUUAUUUUUCUUCCGUAUAAUGAAUGAGAAGCCAUUAGAGCAACUUAUAGCAGAGCAGUUAGAUAAUCCGCUAUGUUAAAAGCUACAUACAUAAUAAUUAAAUAGUUAACUAAUGUAUAAUGUUUUUGAAGAUUAAUAUUUGAAAUCGAAGCUUUUUUAACCCAUCACUUCAUAGGAUUUGUUUCGUAAUUGGAUUAAAAAAAAAUUCCGCUUCAUAUAUUAUUUUAGUUUUAUGAUGAAUAUUAAGAUUAUAUUCAUAAAAAUUUUGCAUGUAUUAUAAUGAAUUAUUUCAAUAUAAAUCAUAAUUAUAUUAAAUUAGAUCUAUUAACUUAAAUAUUCUGCUAUAAAUUAUUUAGCUUAGAUAUCGCUCUUGCUCCCAGAACAAAACUGAUAAAAAUAAAUCAUAUUAUUAGAAAUAUAUUUUCAAAAAAUUUUCGGACGAAAUAUAUUAUGAUAUAUGUUUAUAGUUUCGGUUAGUCUUUUCUGUAAUGAUGAAUUUUAAUUUAAUUUCAAUUUCUUAAUUAUAUCAAGAAUUUGAAAUUUUUUUUUAUACCACAGAAAGAUUUUCGUUUAGGAGAUUUAAGAUUUUUUCUGUUUCUUAUGUCGAAUGAAUACCAUCGGCAUUCUAUGUCACUCUUAGAAAACCUUUUCUA